CUGUGGUGAGAGUUGACACACUCACUCUUGGUCGUUUUAUGUCCUGGUGCAGAGGGUGAGCUGCAGAGCAGAUAAACAGAAUCAAAGCUCGGUUUUCCUCCCUCACAUGAGGAAAAAGACGCAGCUAAAAGCGCCAGUGUGGAGUAGACUCUUCCUCUGGGACAUGCUCAAACCUUCAAAAUAUGUGUUUGUGUUUUCUGUUCUAAAAACAAACGCUGUCAAAGACACAAAAAGAUGCUUGCUCUGCCGCGCUGCAGGCUGCCAGCUCCUUGCAUCCUCUCCUGAUGGCCCCGGGGUUCACUGAUCCUCUUCUGCCUGGGUGAAGCGCUGAGAGCCUGAAGUGGGACGGGCAAAGAGGGGGAACUCUGGCCCCGUCCCGUUCUCCACUUUUAAUGAGCGCUGCGAUCAUGCAGGAGUAAAAGUCCAGGUGGAACAGUUCAGCGCUUGCACACACGCCCGCUGCUCCGUGCUGGCUUUCAAUGAAAGAGUAAAGAAUCGGGUGGAAAAAACCUCGCAGGGAAUUAUUUUUUUAAACGCCUGGAGGAUUAUUUUACCUUCUCAGGUUGGGAGAGUACAUCUGGCUGACCUGCUGAACUACCCAUCAUGCUCAGAGCAUCACUCACUGCCGUCUGCCUCGCGCUCCUCCUGUCCUGUGCUUGCUGGGCCAAGCCUAACGGAUCAAAGAACAAGAAACCAAAGCAAGCUGUUCCAGACAUAGAGUGCGAUGUCAGGGCGGGAAAGGUCAACCUCCCAGAGUUCAUAGCCAAAUGUCCCGCAAACUGUAAAGAGACAAAGCAGCAAGUGUACGGCACAGGAGUGUUCGCCUCCAUCUCCAGCAUCUGCAACGCAGCCAUCCACAGUGGCGUCAUCACCAACGCGGGAGGAAAGGUGAUCGUGAGGAAGCUGGCCGGGCAGAACGUCUACAAAGGAAGCAACUCCAACGGGGUGCGAUCUCUGUCUCUACCGAAGUGGAGGGAGUCGUUUGUUGUCUCAGUGGGGAAGCCCAAGAAAGGAGUCAUCUACCCAUCUACCCUGGACUACGUCCCUUCAAGACCGACCUACGUGAAGCCAAGUCAAAAGGAUGUCAAACCCCCUGUGGUCACCACGGCGCUGCCUACGACAACCACACCUGAACCCACCACGACUACGACACCUGAACCCACCACCACCACCACUACACCGGCUCCCACCACCACUACCACAACCACUACACCUCCGCCGCCACCACCCACCACCGCCAAAGCUCGAGCUGCUGUCCACAAAGUCAGGGAUGCAGGCAGCAGUCACCCGUACCUUGCCUCUGUGGCAGCCGCAAGUUCAAGACAGUCACAAAAUGGUCAAGGAAAGAGUCCCAGCCAAGUAUUCAGAGGAAGUGCCUAUCCGAAUAGAUUCCCACAGCGUGCCAGUGCAGGUCUGCGCAGACCAGAGACAGGGUCGACUAUCAGGAGACAGCCGUCCUCUCCAGUCGGCCCAGCUUUUAACAGGGUUCAGCCGGCCCCACCCGAGCGGACGCCAACCAUGAGCCAGUCCAACCCCACUUUUCCCAGAAGGGAUUGGGCGCCCCCCUCCUACCCUCGUCCUGAUUGGUUCCCUGGAGCUCGACGACCAGCAGAUAUUGGUUAUGCAGGUCCAGACUCAGGAUACACGUGGAGCGAGACGGACACACCUGAGGUUACAGCUCGGGAUCACAGGCCUGAUAUCUCAGAGUAUGAGCGCUGGUAUUAUAACUUUGGACCGUACCCGCCCCGAUCCAGUGACUCAGAUGUCCGUAAGAUGCCAUUGGAUACAACCCAUACCAGAGUGGAGCCAGUGGACGCCUGGAAGCCAGAGGCAAACCUUUAUGAAUCGGGCUUCAGCGUGAGGGAGCAGGAACCUGUACCAAGAGCACCUGAGCCUGUGACACAGGGAGACCCGAACUGUAAGGUGGACCUGGCCUUCCUGAUAGACGGGAGCUGGAGCAUCGGGAAGCGGCGUUUUAAGAUCCAGAAGGACUUCCUGGUUGAGGUGGCUCAGACCAUCAACGUGGGUGUGGCCGGACCCAUGAUGGGCAUCAUCCAAUACGGGGAUGACCCUGUGACCGAGAUCAGCCUGAAGACUCACUCCAACUCCAGAGAGCUGAAGUCAGCCGUAGAUAAGAUUGUGCAGAAGGGAGGCCUCUCAAAUGUGGGAAAGGCCCUCUCCUACAUCAACAAGCAGUACUUCAGCGAUGCCAAUGGAAACCGUGGAGGAGCCCCCAACGUGGCCGUGGUCCUGGUGGACGGCUGGCCCACGGACAAGGUGGAGGAGGCGUCUCGGCUCGCCCGGGAGUCUGGCAUCAACAUAUUCUUUGUCACCAUCGAGGGCCCUGAUGACAACGAGAAGCAAAACCUGGUUGAGGCCAACUUUGUUGACAAGGCUGUGUGCCGGACGAACGGCUUCUUCUCCCUGCCUGUGGCCAGCUGGUUCGCCCUGAGGAAGACCGUGCAGCCGCUGGUGAAGCGGGUGUGCGACACGGACCGGCUGGUGUGCAGCAAGACCUGCCUCAACGCCAACGACAUCGCCUUCGUCAUCGACGGCUCCAGCAGCGUGGGCACCGGCAACUUCCGCACGGUGCUCCAGUUCGUGGCCAACGUCACGCGGGAGUUCGAGAUCUCUGACACGGACACGCGGGUCGGAGCCGUGCAGUACACCUACGAGCAGAGGCUAGAGUUCGCCUUCGGCCAGUAUAACCACAAGGCCGAGCUGCUGAACGCCAUCAAGCGCAUCAACUACUGGAGCGGCGGGACCAGCACCGGCGCGGCCAUCACCUACGCCGCCGAGCAGCUCUUCAGCAAGUCUAAACCCAACAAACGCAAGAUCAUGAUCGUCAUCACGGAUGGACGCUCCUACGAUGACGUCAGGGAACCUGCGCUGGCUGUGCAUGGCCAAGGUGUGAUCGCCUACUCCAUCGGCAUCGCCUGGGCCGCCCAGGACGAGCUGGAGUACAUCGCCACGGACCCGGACAAGGAGCACUCCUUCUUCGUGGACGAGUUUGACAACCUCUACAAAUUUGUCCCCAAGAUCAUCCACAACAUCUGCCAGGAGUUCAACUCCCAGCCCAGAAACUGAGGACGGACAUGGGGGAGGGUUGGCGGGGAAGGAAAGGUGUUGAAAGAUUGUGGGGUGUCCCAACAGAACGCUGAUUGUAAAUCUACUCACUCUGUUGCCCAGAAGGUGGAGCUGGAUUGGCUGCAGCUCCACCAAUUUGAACAGUCAGGGGGUGGGAGGUUUGAUUUAAGGCGAGGAUUGUGUUACAGUGAAUCAGCAUUCGGUCCUAAAUGAUACAAACAGUGCUACUAGGAAAGGGUUUGCACAAACAGUGAACAAACUGACAUCUCAUGUGGUGCCAGUCGUUCUCUGUCGGUGCCAUAAAGAGAACAGAGUUUCCCCAAUCAUGUAAAACGAUGGUACCACUUUCUAAUAAGUCACAACUUUACCAGCUGUAAAUAAGAGUUUUUCUUUUUUCGAGAUUUCAGUAAAUAAUUCGCUGAUGCUUGGUUGCCAGGCUGUGAACUAGAUGGCGUUUAUCCCCCUUUAGCAUGAACCUUUUGGACCUUUGGGGAAAGUGCUGCAGAACUGGACUAACAUUAAUCUAUAAACAACUUGUCAGUGUUUACAAACUGCAGUUUUUAUUGAUUGAAUUUGUAAGUUGAAGCUGGUAAAAAAAAAGUAAGCAACAUGCUCACAACUUGGCGAGUAAAUUAUAUUUAAAAAACACUUAUGUGCAGCUUCUUAAACGUUGCCUUACUAGGAAGUGGUACCAGCCUGAUUAACAAACAUAAAGCUGCCUUACUGGGAUAUGGUGCUUGCAGAGAAAUGUAGAUUUAAAGCAUGCCUAGCACUUCCUCUUUUGGCUUAACAUACUUCAUAAACGUAAUAAUACGGUGCUUUUUUUAUACAAUUCUCUGUGAAGAGGAUAUACUUUCUUAGAAACGGUGCAUUUUGAUCUUCCUAAUAGGAGAGAUUUGUUAGUAGGGACAUUGUUUAAGUUCCUCUCUAUGACAGUGGUGCUGAUAUUUGCCGGCAUGUUAAGCAGUGGGUGAAAACGAGGCUGUGAGUCGACAACACGGAACAAGGAAGUGGACUGAGAAGUGAGGAAAGAGGAGCUUGUAUAUCUUUGUACAGAGUGAUGUCAGAUGUUAAAUUUGCUUCUCAGGAAUGAAAGCAAUCCAUCUCAUCACUCCUGUUUUCUAAUAGUGUGGUUGCUUCUAACAUUGCAGGCAUUUCUGUUUUGUUUAAAGAGUAUUUAUGAUUUUCUCUGUUAUGUCCUGUUUGUACAUAUGCAUAUUAAAAGCCUUUCGCUGAUAAUGUUCAGAUAAUGAUAAAUAUUUUUUUUUUUUUUUUUUUUUUGCAAUUUUUAAUAAAAUAAACGAAAAUGAAGAGAA